AACAUGAAAAGUAACAAAAUUCGAAAAAAUAAAAUAAAAUCGCUGCCUUCGCGUUCCGUCUCUGAUCUCUCUCCCUCUCUUUCUUUCCCAACUUUCCAACACAAAAAGCACAUUCUGUCUUUCUCUUUCAUUGGUUUCCUUUUCUCUCCUUUCUGGAAACCCUAAGUGACCUGGUUUUUUUUUUAAUUAACCAGGUCCUCACAGGAGAGAACUUAAUUUUUUUUGUACAAAAAAAGUUGCAGGCUUUUUUUUUUUUUUUCGCAAAUUGUUGUGUCUUAGUUGCAUUUCUCAGCUGCCAUCGACAAUGAACGACCUGCUAACGGAUUCUUUUGAGAUCCCUCGGGGUCAAGCAUCUAGAGAUGGAGAUAUCGAACUAGGAACAAAUGGUUCAAUGAAUUCUGGAGAAUUUGGUUUGGAGAAUUUCUUUAAAAAGGUUCAAGAGAUUGAGAAGCAAAAUGAGAAGCUGGAUAAGCUCCUAAAAAAACUCCAGGAUGCACAUGAGGAGUCCAAGGCUGUGACUAAGGCUCCCUCAAUGAAAUCAAUCAAGCAGCGGAUGGAGAAAGAUGUCGAUGAAGUUGGAAAAAUUGCUCGUUGGAUAAAGUCAAAAAUUGAAGAACUCGACAAAGAGAAUUUGGCAAAUAGACAGAAGCCUGGGUGUGGAAAAGGUUCAGGUGUAGAUCGAUCCCGAACAGCAACAACCCUUGCCUUGAAAAAAAAAUUAAAGGACAAGAUGGCUGAAUUUCAGACUCUAAGAGAAACCAUCCAUCAAGAGUAUCGGGAGGUUGUCGAGAGGCGAGUUUUUACAGUAACGGGCACAAGAGCUGAUGAAGAGACAAUUGAAAGAUUAAUUGAGACAGGAGACAGUGAACAAAUUUUUCAAAAGGCAAUCCGGGAACAAGGACGAGGCCAGAUAAUGGACACUCUGGCUGAGAUUCAAGAGCGCCAUGAUGCGGUUAGAGAUCUUGAGAGGAAGCUUCUUGAUUUACAGCAGAUAUUUCUGGAUAUGGCGGUGUUGGUGGAUGCACAAGGGGACUUACUUGACAACAUAGAAACCCAGGUAUCGAGUGCAGUAGAUCAUGUACAGCAAGGGAAUACUGCUCUUCAGAAGGCGAAGAAGCUACAGAAGAGUUCCAGGAAAUGGAUGUGCAUUGCGAUCCUCAUCCUUCUCAUCAUUGUUAUAAUCAUUGUGGUGGCCGUGCUCAAGCCGUGGAAUAGCAACAAGGGCGCUUAGCUCUAGUAAUUUGUAAUUUGUAAGUAUAGUGUAUUACAACUGACCCCUCUGGGACUCCAGCAAAUCACGUGAAUAAUUUGCGGUUCGUUUUACAAACGUGGUUUCUAGCACUUUUAUUAUCCUGU